CGUUCGUCCCUGAAUGGGGUGAAAGGCGCUCGGGCCGCAAGCUGCGUCACUCCCAACCACCCUCAUAACCAUCACCUUUCCCAGCGCCAGUUACGAGUUGCAGUGCCAUAUUACACCCGCUCAGUUUUGCAUCGCAUCGUUCAACCGCUAUUAUGUCAGGCUACAGAGGAGGCCGAGGCGGAGGAAGAGGUCGCGGAGGAGGCGGAGCGUGGAGUUCGAGGCCGCCUAAGGGACUCUUCCUGAACGGCGUGUGGCACUGCGAUUGCGACCCUCGAUUACCCGCGCUUCAUAUGGAGACGAAGAAAGGUGACAACAAGGGCAAAAUGUAUCGAGCCUGCCAAAGGAAAUACGGCGAUAAGGACCGCUGUAAAUUUUUCCUGUGGGAUUCAGAAGCACACCCCCGAGAGGCCGCCGCCUUAGCAAACAACACGCGCACAGAGCCCGGUCGUGCACACGAGGCUACACCCAUUACGCCGCGACCCCAAAGGGUGUCACCUCCCCCACCGUACACACCACAGGCCGGACCCUCCGAACCGAGCAGAAAACGUACGCGAACAGCCGUUGAGGAGGACGAAGAUGAGUACGGUGUCGAGACUGGGGAUGCAGCGUUCAACGAUGAACUGGACCAAGUCAUGACUGCUGUCGAGACGCCGACGAAGAUAGCGAAGACUGCCGACUUCAGCACUCCGGCAAGGCGCAGACUACCUUGGCAGAAGGACGAUCCUGCGAGGGGAAAUGGACUGCUGACACCGCAAACCAACCACCGUGCUACAACUGCCGACCCGUUCAACACAAGAUUUGCCGCACCUGGUGGAUCGCUCUUUACGCCGUCAAAGCAGAUGCAACCGGACAGCGCACCUUCUCAAACCAUGACACCGUCGUCGUCCCCUAUUGCUACGCCAACACCUAAGCGCUUCAAGGACGUUAGCACAGGAGAUGAUCUGUUCCAGGAUGUCUUCGGGGUAUUUGAUCCAGACAACCCCAGGUUGGAUGAGCGGACCAGAAGAGACCUGACUGCAGUCUUAUCGAAGCAUGCGACGAUUACAGAGGGCAUCAAGAGAGGACGUGAGGUCGCCAGGUCAGCAAUCAAAGCGGAAAAGGCGAAGGUCACGGAGCUCACCUACCGCGUCAAUACACUGGAGGCUGAACUAGAAGCCGAAAGAAACAAGUCGAAGCUGCUGCAAUGGCAAGUAGAAACAGGGCACCGCUCCGAUUGACGUAGAAAUCGAG